AUGUUCGAGAAUAUUCCACUCAUCAACAUACAACAUACAGUGAAGCCCCAUCCUUAUUUGUCAUCAAACAUUUUUCUCUUCACUAGAUUCUUUAAUUCAUUCAUCAUUCAUUCAUUGUUCUGUUUUGCUGUUAUACAUCACAUAGGGCUUGCAGAUGAAACUGGCACCUUCCUAGUCAACACUGAAUUUACCGAAGACGGAACAAUAACUAUUGCUGUUAAUGGGCCAACAAAAAGUUAUACUUUCGCUAUUCUUCAAUUUGUUGCCUGCAUUACAGAUAUCCCAUUCUGCAGAUUGAAUGAUCUCAGAGAGAUUAAGGAUCAAGUGCAUCAUUUGCCAACUGGCUUUGUAUUAGGUUAUCUGAAUAAUAAUGAAGGGGAACCCGUUUACUAUGGAGAAAAUGGAGAUUUUCUUGAAAAUCAAGCUGUUGUCUACGGUUUUUGCCAUAUCUGUGUGUGCGAUAAAAAACAUCUUGUGUGUAACAAGACAAGCAACUGUGAAGUCUGCCCAAAGCCCAUAGAGCAAGUUUGCACUGGAAACUGCAGUAAGGCAACACUCACUAACAAAUAUGAUAAGGAUGGUUUACCACCUGACUGCGAAACCUCACCAGAUUCCUGUGUUCCUGAAACUUGCACAACACCAGUGCAGUGCCCUGGUGAAUGGUCACCUUGGGGUGAAUGCAAAGAUGACUGCAGUAGGUAUCGUAACCGCUCAUGUGAUGACUGUCCAGAAUUCUGCACUGCAUCCAAUUUUUCAACUCAUGAGUGGGAACCAUGUGGUCAAUGUGUAUCAACUACUACCCCAUAUCAGUGUCAGGAGAAUGAAGUUUAUGAAAAAUGCGUGACAAAUCAAAUUAAAUGUGGACAACCCUGUGAAGCCCAAAUGAAAAAUGCAUCAUGUGACAGGACUUCUGAUGACACUUCAUGUCAAAGUAGUGGCUGUAUAUGCAAACCUUAUUUCAAGAGGGAUCCUUCAGGCAAAUGUAUCCCGGUAGGUCAAUGUGAUUGCUGGCAUCAAGAUGGUACCCCAAUGCCGCAAGGGUAUACCUUUAACUUGAGUAAAUGCUGCGAAUUUGAAGUUUCUAACUGGACGGAGUGUUCCAAAACAUGUGGAGGUGGAAUCAGGCGGAGAAUAAGAAACAAAUUUGGUCCUGGAACUGGUCCAGAAUGCGAAUAUGAACCUGUAGAUACUGAGGAAUGUAACACAGAGAAAUGCCCAUGUCUUUUCGAAGGAGAGAACUUUGACCAUGAUGAAAAGUUUGGUGAUGAGUGCCGUACAUGUAAAUGCUAUGAUGGCCAGGUCACAUGCUCGAACAUAACAAUGGAAGGUAUUAUAACAAAUAAGGAUUGCACAGAGGAAUGUUACUGUAAAAAUGGAAAGAAAGAAUGUAUUGCUCUUAACCAAACAAAGCAAUGCCUGGAAGCCUUCGAAAAUUGCAACAAUGAAACACAUAUGAGCAUACCCACUGAUGAUAAGUGCUGUCCAGCAUGUGUGGAGAAACCUAAGAUUUGUCGCCCUGAAACUGUUUCAAAUGAAGUACUGAGAGUUAAUACAUCAGAUGGUGGAGAGUGUGUAUCUGAACCUGUUCAGAUUCGACAAUGUGUUGGCUCCUGUGGCACAAGUACAGAGACUGCUGUGUCAAACACUUACAAUACAAAAGCCCACAGAUUUGAACUUUUCACCCAGUCAAACUGCGCAUGUUGCAAGGCUGCUGUCCGACAGAAAUUUAUCGAAUUUUCAUGCCCAAAUGAUCAGUCUAAGAUAAAGAUUGAAAUCGAUUAUAUUGCCAGCUGUAGCUGUGAGAAAUGCGGAGGUUAG